GCAUCCGGAUCCUCGGUUUCCACCCUUCAGUCGUACAUGCUCAGUCGAAUCUUCAAUUUUCACACUCUCAAGGCGAAGACCUAAGCUCUCUCCCAUCUCAUGGCCCCGGUCGCCCCCAAGUCCGGCGAUGCGAUUUUUGCCAGCGUUGAUAGAGUGGCAAAACGCGGAGCUAUUCACUCUAACAUACGGUGCUAUCGUGCGCCAGCUCCUCACCGAUCUGGAGGAGGUGGACGAGGUCAACAAGCAGCUCGAUCAAAUGGGUUAUAACAUUGGGGUUCGGCUAGUUGAUGAAUUUCUUGCAAAAUCUAAUGUUAACAGAUGCGUAGAUUUUAGAGAAACUGCUGAAGUCAUUGCUAAGGUUGGAUUCAAAAUGUUCCUGGGCGUCACUGCAUCUGUCACUAACUGGGAUGCAGAGGGGACAACCUGCAGUAUAAUUUUGGAGGAUAAUCCUCUGGUAGACUUUGUUGAGCUUCCUGAUACCUGUCAAGGACUGUAUUAUUGCAAUAUCUUAAGUGGAGUCAUUCGAGGAGCUCUUGAGAUGGUGUCAAUGAAAACAGAAGUCACGUGGCUGCGUGAUAUGCUUAGAGGGGAUGAUGUGUUCGAGCUGCAGGUGAAACUUCUGAAACAAGUUCCAGAAGAGUACCCUUAUAAAGAUGAUGAGUAACAUGUGUCCUUUGAAACCUUCCAGUUCCCUUCUAUCAUUCAGGUUUUCCUUAGUUCCUCCACUCCAAUUACCUCUAGCCUACUUGUUCAGAGUUAGGUAUUCUCCGUAGCAUGAGACUACCUUAUGCUGAUUUCCGUGGUUAGGAUAUUUGUCUUUUGUUUUUUGUAGUUUCUAUUGAAGUUUACUGACUUGAGCUUGAAGCAAGACCGGUUUAGGAUGAACUCAAUGUACUGCACCAAAGAUAUGUUAGGCACUUGUUGAAAAGAGUAGUGAUAUCGGCUUUUGCAGUA